AUGCCCAGCGCCUUGGGAACGCUCGUCUCGAGCAGUGGCCCCUGCUGGCUGUCCCCGUUUGGGACGGUUGACUGGAACCCAUGCUUCCGCGCGGAAGUUUUAAACGCCGCGCUUCCCUAUGCGGCAAUCGUGCUCUCUGCCAUUUUUUGGGCGGCGGCCGUGGCGGUCGAUAAGCGCCACCGCCAAGAAAAGUUUGCGCGCGAGGUCGCGCAGCUGAACCCUGACUCGUCCAACUUUUACCAGACAUUCCCCGAGUCGAGCGAGACGUCGCCGAUCGUGCAGGCGACGACGCCGGCGGAGCGCGUCUUUCAGACGGAAAAUGCGGUGGUAAUCGACGCCGCGCUCUCGAUCAAGGAAGAUUUGUCGUCGUGCGCGACGCACGAGCGCAUCGCGCAGGAACAUCGUGCCAAGCGCAUUCUCGAGUGCGUCGUUGCGGCCAUGCUUGCUCUGACGCACAUUGCUGGCGCGUCGCUGUCGGCAGAAUGGGAGCGUUCCUGGAUUGUGUUCUGGCUGUACGGCACGGCACUGUCGCUGUACACGCUGCGCACUGGCCGCGGAUUCCUGAUGCAAAAGACGCUCUUGUCGACGCUUUACCUGCUCGUGACUGUAUCCAACUGGCGCACGAGUCUCGUGGCAAAAGACGCGGCGCCGACGCGGAUCCUGACCGGUGUGCAGCUCGUGCUCGCGCUGUGCAUGGCGGCGCUGAGCUACGUCACGCCGAUGUCGCAGACUGUGCCGCACAAGUUGCGUGCGCUGUACGACACGAUGCACAAGCGCACCGUCUACAGCCAGCUGCGCACGGCGAUGCCGACGCCGCCCCACGAGCGCCGCGGCGGUGAAGAGGUCAUUGCAAGCUACUCGGCGGACGCAGACCUGCCGCCGCCGCCGGAACAGCACGCGUCGCUGCUGAGCCGCGCGCUCUUUGCGUUUGUGCAGCCGGCCAUCAUCAAGUACUACUUCCAGCCGAUCACGCUUCCCGACGUCCCGCAGCUCAUGCUGGGCGACCGUGCGGCCGCCGUGGUGUCCAUGUUCCGCUCGAACGAGAAAGUGAGUCGGCCGGGAGAUCAGCCGUCGCUGUGGGUGCGCCUGCUGAAAAACUUCCUGCCGCUGGUCGUGUAUCAGUGCAGCUGCUCGCUGGUGACGACAAUCAUGACGAUUGUGCCGGUUUACUUCCUCUCGCGCCUGCUCAGCUUCUUUUCGGAGCGCGCCAAGAGCAGCGAGGCGCCGCUGCACAUGGGCGUGCUUUUUGCGCUGGCCAUGUUUGGCAGCCAGACGCUCCUCUCCGUCUUUCAGUCGCAGGCGCUCAUGACCGGCCGCCACAUCUGCGUGCAGAUCCGCGCCGUACUUACGUUUGAGAUCCUUAGCAAGACGAUGCGCCGCAGCAUCUCGCUCAAGAAGGCCGACGACACGCCGGUGGAACGCACGUCGGACGACGACACGGAAGACGACGCGGCGCCGGCAACCGACGGCCAGGUGACAAACUUGGUGUCGGUCGACGUGAACCGCGUGAGCGAGUUUGCGGCGUACACACACUUUCUCGUGCCGGAGCAGCCGCUGACGGUGAUCCUCGGCAUCGUUUACUUGGUGUCGCUCCUGGGCAUGUCGGCCGUCAUUGGCCUGAUUCUGCUGGUGGUCAUGAUCCCAUUCCAGGCGUACCUCUCGCGCGUCCUCGUCUCGAUCCAGACGCGCAUGCUGCGUGCGACAGACGAGCGCAUGAACCUCGCAAGCGAGGUCCUUACCUGCAUCAAGACGGUCAAGUUCUUUGCGUGGGAAAAGCCGUUCGAAGUGCGCAUGGGCGAGACGCGUACCAAGGAGCUACGUCUCCUGCGCCUCAACUUUUUCUUUUCGAUCCUGAACCACAUUACGUUUAUUGGCACGCCGAUGCUCGUGACGAUGGCGACCUUUGGCGCACAUACGCUCGUCUUCCAAAAGACGCUCACCGCCGAGACGGCUUUUACGGCGCUUGCGCUGUUCAACACGCUGCGCCGGCCGCUUGCGGAUCUGCCGCAGCUCAUCCACUGGCUCCUGAACGCUGUCGUGUCGGUGCGCCGUAUCGACAACUACCUCCAACAGCCGGACACGGGCAAGUACGACCAGCUGCUCGCCAACGUCCCGCAAGACGCAGUGUACACUCCUCCUUCGUUCUCCAAGAUUGGGUUCGUGGACGCAACGUUCAGCUAUGGCGAAGAGAGCCAGUUCUCGUUGCAAAAUCUCAACUGCCUCUUUCCGGUCGGCGAGAUCAGCUGCGUGAUCGGCCCGGUAGGCUCGGGCAAGACGUCGCUUUUGCUUGCAAUGAUGGGCGAGCUGCACCGCGUCUCGGGCACGACGCGCAUGCCGUGCCCUAUUGCACGCUCGCUGGUCGAGCCGGAUCCGGAGACGCACCUGACCGAGUCGGUCGCAUACUGCUCCCAGAGCGCCUGGCUUCUCGGCACGACCGUGCGCCAAAACAUUUUGUUUGGCGCCAAGUACGAUCAAGGCCGCUACUGCGAGGUGCUCAAGGCCUGCGCGCUCGAGCCGGACCUCGAUAUCCUCGAGUAUCACGACGAGACCGAGGUGGGCGAAAAGGGCACGUCGCUCUCGGGCGGCCAGAAAGCGCGCAUCUCCCUGGCACGGGCAUUCUACUCAAACGCGAAACACAUUCUCAUCGACGAUGCCUUGUCGGCCGUCGAUGCCCACACGGCGCGCCACCUGAACGAAAAGUGCUUCCGGGGCCCGCUGGCCAAGGGCCGCACGAUCGUGCUCGUGACGCACGCCGUGACGCUCAUGCUCCCGAGCGCAUCGUACGCAAUCGUGAUGGAUGGCGGGCGGAUUGCAGCGCAGGGAAAGCCGGCUGCGCUCCUUGCCCAGGGCCAUAUCAAGGAGGGGAGUGCGGUGCAGCUCGAGGCGGCCGAUGAGGACACCGCCGUCGAGGACGAGUCGCUGCAAAAGGUGCGCUGGGAAAAGGCGCAGGAGCGCCGUGCGCGCAAGGCGCUGGCCGAUAAGAAUGAGGAAAAGAUUGCGCGUGAGCAGUCGAGCACUUCGCUAUACUGGCUGUACAUGGGCUCGGUCGCGCACAAGACUGGCGCGGCGGUCCUCAUUUGGCUUGUGCUGACGGCGAUGUACGUCAGUAUUCGUGCCGUGGACGUCGGGAGUGGCGCUUGGCUGCGCAACUGGGCGCGGUCGUACGAAGGCCACCGCGAGGUGCUGCUGCACGCCGUGCACUACGUCCGCUCCGUGCCGGAACAGCUGCUCAAGGAGAGCACCGUGCUGGAAGAGGACCGUACUGUGUACUACCUGAAAGGCUACGCGGCGAUCGUGGUGGGCUUCAUCGUGCUUAGUUUUGUCUGUGAUCUGCUCCAGUUCCAGGCGUCGCUGCAGGCAUCCGCGCGCUUGUACAACCGCCUCAUCCGUGCACUGCUCUUUGCCAAGCCGCAGUUCUACGACAAGACGCCGAUCGGGCGUAUUACGAACCGGUUGUCACGCGAUAUGGAGGAAAUCGACCAGGAGCUGUCGCCCGUUAUGCAAAUGACGGUCGAGAACCUGAUUUCGCUCGUGGCGAUCAUUGCAGUCAUCUGCUGGGCGACGCCCAAGUUUUUGCUUGUGCUCGGUGUGGUGAUGGCCAUGUACUUUACCAUUGGCUCGCUGUACCUUGCCUCGUCGCGCGACCUGAAGCGCAUCGAGAGUGUGCAGCGCUCGCCGUUGUAUACUCUCGUCGGUGAGACCAUCUCGGGUAUGGUCACGAUUCGCGCGUACAGCGACGGCGAGCGUGUGAUGCGCCAGUGCCUGAACCUGGUCGAUAAGUGGAACCGUGCGUUCCUUUUCUUGUGGUACGAGAAUCGCUGGCUGAGCAUCUGCUGCGAUGUGUCGGGCGCCGGCGUGACGCUCACCGCUGCGCUCUUCCUCCUGCUUGGCACGGCGGACGCAGCGCUGGCUGGCUUCACGCUAUCGUAUGCCAUUACGCUCGUCGACGUCGUUUUGUGGCUCGUGCGUUUGUACUCGGUCGUGGAGAUUAACAUGAACUCGGUCGAGCGCAUCGGCGAGUACAUCAGCAUCGAGUCGGAGCGUGCCGGCGGAUCUUUGCCGCCUGCGCACUGGCCGACCGACUCAGGGAGCAUCGAUAUCAAGGGGCUGUCCGUGCGCUACGGCCCGGAAUUCCCGCUCGCACUUACCGAUGUCUCUUUUACCAUCACCCCUGGCGAAAAGGUCGGUAUUGUCGGCCGUACGGGCAGCGGUAAGUCAACGCUGUCUCUUGCCUUUUUCCGCUUCCUCGAAGCCGAGUCGGGCUCGAUCGUGAUCGACGGGAUCGACAUUUCCAACAUCACACUCGAGGCACUGCGCAGCCGCCUGACCAUUAUUCCCCAGGACUCGCAGCUCUUCCGCGGCACGGUCCGUGCAAACCUCGAUCCGUUUGGGACAUGCGACGAUGGCGACAUGUGGUUUGCGCUGCAGCGCUGCCAGCUUGCCACGGGCACGCACGAUGGUGCCUUCAGGCCGAGCGAUACGAGUGUGAUCAAGACGCUUGAUGACGCUGUCGAGCAAGGUGGCGCCAACUUUAGCGCCGGUCAACGCCAGCUUCUCUCGCUCGCCCGCGGCCUGCUCAAGAUGCGCAACAGCCGCAUCCUCAUUCUCGACGAGAGCACCGCAAAUCUCGACUCAGAGUCCGACACACUCAUCCAGCGCACUAUCCGUGAGCAAAUGGCGCCUGGCGUGACGAUUCUCACGGUCGCCCACCGCCUCAAGACCAUUAUUGACUAUGACAAGGUCCUUGUCUUGGACAAGGGCCACGUUCUCGAGUUCGACUCGCCUGCGAACCUGCUCGCGAAGCCAAACUCGUCAUUUUACCACCUCUGCGCCCAGAGUGGCGACUUGGACGAGCUGACCCAAGCCGCUUCCGAGGCGCAGUCGCAUCGCAUUCCGUAA